CCUGCAGGUUUUGAGGGGGAGCGGGCCUCCACUGUAACCACAAGGAGAAAGUAGCGCCGUCUUUAUGACAGGGAUGAGUUGGAAAGGACCGGCUGCAGAGAAAGGCGAGAAGAAAACAAGGGAAGAAGUAAAUGAAUUAGUGGAAGCACAUCUAGAGAUUGGUCAAAAAUACCUGUAAGAGGGCCACAGUGGAUCCUGCAAGUAGACAUGAAUAAUCGCUCUAUCGCCUGGUGGCUGAGACAGAUUGAACUGCCACAGUACACCAAGACCCUAGAGAGUGAAUACUAUGGUCUGGAGGGUCUGAUGCAUGUAACGGAUGGAGAGCUAAAGGAUGCUGGGAUAGAGGAUGCAGCGCAUAGAGAAACAAUCCUCUCUCAGCUUUCAAGAGAUCGACAGAAGCUGGACCCACUUUCUGAUUAUCAGGUUGUGAAGCGCAGAGUCAGUCGAAAAUAUUCCCUGGGAUCCUCAUCGGACCUGCCAAAGGAUCUUUUUCGUCAGAGCGUUCUUCCCCGUCUCCAUCGUGCCGACAAGAAACACCGUCUGUCCUCUUCCUGCUCUUUGCUCCACCCUCUGGACGAGGACAACGCUCUCAGCCACGAGGGCAAACACAGACGCUUGUAUCUAAUCGCCUGCCAUGUUGCUGUGUUUACCUCCCAUUACUUUGAGGAUUACGAGAAGGCCGCAACCUCACAGGAGGAGGAGAGAGGAGGGAGAGAGAGGAAGGAGGAGCUCGCCAAGAACGUGUGGGAACUCGUCCGACUCUGGGCAGGAAGGAUAGUUCCAGGGGUGCAGGGAGGGACCAGGGGAGAGAGACCGACAGAACAUUACAUGUAA